AUUAUUAUUAUUAUUAUUGCUGUUGUUAUUGUUGUUCAAUGUUUAUUUAUUUAGUUGUUUAGUUAGUUUGGUGGUUAGCUAAUUAGUUAGUUGACUGGUUAGUUAGUUAGUUAGAUAAACACAUGGAUGUGAUGAGGGCUCAUAAUCCAAACAUUUUGUAUUGACUUCACAUUACCUGGUUUUAUUAAAACUGUAAAACAGUAUUUAGAUUUAAGUUGAUAUUAUUUAUAUUAAUAUUACUGGGCUUUAGAUUAGAAUAUGAAACACACUGGUAUAAAUCCUCAUUUUUUUACUAGAGUUUUAUUAAAAUCUUCUUGUACAUGCCACACCUGAGUUCCAGAGCCUGUUAUUCAUGCUUAAGCAUCGAGUGUAUAAAGGUAACGACGUUUAACAGUUAAAACCUUUCAUUAUAUUAAUUAUGUUCCAUUUCAAAGGACGAGUUCAUUCUUGAAAUAUUUCAAGAAGCUGCUGUGCAGAGUGCUACGGAAGUAGUUUAACUACAACAGCUGACCUCAUUUCCGGAACAAUUAAGCUACGGAAGUAGUUUUACUACAACAGCUGACCUCAUUUCCGGAACAAUUAAGCUACUGCCCACACUCCAGUCCAGUAGGUGGCGGUAAUGCACCUUUAGUGGUUUGCCACCCGCCAUUGAAAACAAAAAGAAGAAGAAGGAGAUUUCCGGAACAAUGGCCGCCAAAACAAUGGCAAGAGUGUUUACAAUCCACGAACCUAAUUUAACUCUGCUCCUAAAAUAUAAAGUUCGGCUGUUUAUUUAGUCUGUCAGGUGUUUUUGGAAGUAUGCCGUGAAUAAUAAACAUCGGUUACGGCGUGGAAUUUAUUUAUAAAACGCGACACCGCUAACUUAGUUUGCUAACUCUACUGGUAGCUUAGCCACAGCAGAUGCUAUCUGGACCGGAACCGGCUGCACAUAAUGCCAAGCACAAGACCGUUUUAAACAGAUCCUAGUGCUUUAGAAGUAACGAACCGAGCAGCCACUUCUCAUACCACAGUCCGCUAGCUAUCCUGUCUUCUGAGCAGCACUAAAUGCUAGCCGAGUGCAGAUCAGUGAGCGUGAAAACAUGUCCAGUCCAAACCCGAACCCAGCGGGACUCACAGUAGCAGCUGGGGGCGGAGAGAAGGUGGAUCAGGUCAUGCAGCCGGUUCUGUUUGAAAUCUUUGGGGAGAUGUGGAAGGUGCAGGCUCGGUUAGGACAGGGAGGUUCUGCCUCUGUGUACCGUGUGAGUUCUGCCAGGUCCAGCUCUGCUGCUGUGAAAGAGUUUCUUCUGGACGCACAGGGUGGAGAUUACGGCUAUAUCAAAGAAAGAUCCGUGCUAGAAGACAUCCAGGGCCACAAGAAUAUCGUGACGCUGUAUGGCGUGUUCACCAAUCACAACCCGCUCGGCGUAGCGACCCGCUGCUUGUUGCUGGAGCUUCUGGAUGUGAGUGUGUCGGAGUUGCUGGUGAGAGGCAGCAGUCAGGGCCACUCCAUGUGGCUGAUCCAGCACUGCGCUCGUGAUGUCCUGGAGGCGCUGUGUUUCCUGCACCGAGAGGGAUACGUGCACGCCGACCUCAAGCCUCGCAACGUUCUCUGGAGCCCCGAUGACGAGUGCUUCAAGCUCAUCGACUUUGGGCUCAGCUUUAAAGAGGGGCACCAGGAUGUGAAGUACAUCCAGACAGACGGGUACCGAGCCCCUGAGGCUGAGCUGCAGAACUCGCUGGCUCAGGCAGGACUGGAGGGAGGCUCGGGCUGUACCACUGCUGUGGAUCUGUGGAGUCUGGGCAUCAUUCUUCUGGAAAUGUUCUCAGGAAUCAAACUAAAAGACACUGUCAAGUCUCAGGAAUGGAAGGACAACAGUGCUGCAGUAGUGGAUCAUAUCUUUUCGAGCAAUUCUGUGGUGUACCCUGCUAUCCCCGUCUACCAUCUGAGAGAUCUCAUCAAAAGCAUGCUUCACCACAACCCAAACCGCAGAAGCACAGCCGAAGCUGCACUGAUCAGCCCCUUCUUCAGUAUUCCUUUCGCUCCUCACAUCGACGACUUGGUUCUGCUGCCUACGCCCGUCCUCAGACUGCUCAACGUGAUCGAUGACAGUCAUUUACACAACGAUGACGAAUAUGAAGAUAUUAUCGAGGACAUGAGAGAAGAAUGUCAGAAAUAUGGAUCAGUCUUAUCGCUGUUGAUUCCGAAAGAAAAUCCUGGUAAAGGCCAGGUCUUCGUCGAGUACGCGAACGCUGGAGACUCCAAAGAAGCCCAGAGGCUCCUGACAGGCCGCACUUUUGAUGGCAAAUUCGUGGUGGCCACUUUCUACCCGCUGAGUGCCUAUAAGAGAGGUUAUCUGUAUCAGACCGUGCAGUAAGGGUCUACACGUACAAUACCACGCCUGCACAAUCUGUUCCAGCAUGAAGAGUGCUUAGUUGUGAAGCCCAUCACGUUCUCACAAGUAUCUCGGCUAAUCUUUACUAUAGAAAACAUUUAUGUGAGCUGCAUACACUUAUAGUGCGGAUACAUACUGGUGCACAAAUGUGUCUUCUUCCAUGGCUUGCUUAUAUAGUGCAAUAAGGAGCUGUGAUGCUUUAGAGAAAGAUCACUUCUGACUCCCGACACAUGUUGGCGAUGUGAGAUAUCUCUCGCGUUUUGGAUCUGGAUCGUGUCCCGGUAAGAUUUCGCCCGUAUUCGUUGACACUUUAAACUCGCCUCGGAAUGGCCUCACUGAAAUCUGUUCGUUGUAUUGCACGUUUAAUAUGCAAAUCAGCUCAUUACAUCCGAACACCAUUGUUUUUCCUCGUGGUUUUUAAUUCCACUACACGUCAACGUCGGCAUUUACGGAGCACGUGCAUCACCUCUUGGGCGGGUUAAUUAUGGUUUGGAGAGCGAAUCUGCGUUUCCGCUUUCAUUUUCAUACUCAUCAUCUCUAUCCAGAUCUAAUCCUGAUAUGCGUGAAACUCCUUCCUCUUUUUCUUUGUUUUCGUGAUUACCUAAAAUCUAUAAGGCUGCACAUAUUUAUGAAUUAUUGGCCAAAAAAAAAAAAAUGGCAUACGACUGCUUGCACAGUGUAGAAGUCUGAACAUUUCCAGUCUACUCUAAAGUGAACAGAGACGGAAAUGUUACUUCAGUAGAGAGCACAAACAAGGGGAUAACGUAGUUGAUGAAGCUAUCUCCUUCUACUAGGAUUUUGAAGAAGUAUAUUUACCGUAGAACUUGAAUUUUAUAUCGUUUAAAUGCUCAUUUGUCGUGAAACACUUCAGCGCCAAGUACUUUUGGUGUAGAACUCAUGCAGGAGUUUGCUUAUGAGUUUGAGGUCUCAGUGUAAAAUCUUUUCAGGCUUGUUUCGUAAAACGAAUAUACGUGAGGCGAUCUGGGAAAACCGGACUGGGAACGGUGCUGUGCCUGAAUUCUGCCGAAUAGCCGGGGGAAGGGGGUGGGAAACAAAACAGAUUUACGCCAAUUUAUUUGUUUUUUUUGUCUUUCGGUAAAAACAGUCAUUCUGCGUAACAAUGUCUAGUUAAGUGCGAUUUCCUCACACAGGAAAUGUCACACUUUGAUCAAGUUGUAGGAUGGCUACGUGCGGUCGAGAAAUGAAUAUAAGCCUAAUUCAUUUCUGUAAUCAAGAUACCUUGCUGUCAAAAAUGUGCCUUUAAAUGCAAUUUUCUCUUAUGAUUGCGAUACAUAUUUCAAUUCAGGAAAUUCUACAGCGUUCAGUAGAAAAUGCUCAAAUUUCACCGCGUGAAGGGUUUUCCCAGGCCGCCACACGUUUACUUUAGUGAGUCGCUAUGAGUGUCGCACUGAACCUGUGAAAGCUUCUCAACCUCAUGUGGAUUUAUUCUGCUCUUUUUCUAGCAGCUCUUCACUAUGGUGCUUUGAUAUUCUCAUACGUGCUGCUGUAUUCACAAUGACGCUUCACUGCAGUCGCGUAAUGUUUUUGUUUUGUUUUUUUCUUUAAAAAAAAACAAACCCCAAAACAUUGUAUACCUGGUUUUGAGCCUUUUUGUUUAUUAGAAUAUGGGGGGGUUUUCCCCCCACACCUGUACUCUUAGUGGUACUUAACAAAAGCGUUAACAAAAGGCACAAUCAGGGAUUUUCAGAAUAGCAGAUGAGUAGCUCUGGCACUGAACUAAAAUCAGAAGUCUUUCAUGUCCAUUGUUUUCCUUUUCAAGUACAAUUGCAGUCGUAAGUUUACAUACGCCUUGCAGAAUCUGCAAAAUGUUAAUUUUUUUUUUAAAAAAAAGAGGGAUCAUAAAAAUUGCAUUUAGUUUUUUAAUUAGUUCUGCCCUGAAGAAGCUAUUUCACAUAACGGAUGUUUGCAUCUAGUCCACAAGACGCAAUAAUAACCGAAUUUACACAAAUGAACCAGUUCAAAAGUUUACACACGCUCGAUUCUUAAUACUGUGUCUCGUUACCUGGAUGACCAACGAUUUUAUUUGUGAUGGUUGUUCAUGAGUCUCUUGUUUGUCCUGAGCAGUUAAACUACCCACUGUUCUUCAGAAAAAUCCUCCAGGUCCUGCACAUUCUCGACCGCUUUCCAACAGCGGCUAUACAUACGGCAUCUUUAUACGUUUAUAACUGAGAGACUCGUGCACAACUAUUCCAAAAGGUGAAAACAUUGACUGAUCCUCGAGAAGGCAACAGGAUACAUUGAGAGCCAGGGGGGUGUAAAUUUUUGAACAGGAUGAUCGGUGUAAAUUGUUAUUAUUUUGUCUUCCGGGGAAACAUGUGAAUAUCUUAUGUAGCAAAUGAAGGGCAGUACUAAAUGGGAAAUAAAAUAAAAGAAACCAGAUCUUUAAACAAAAUAAUGACAAUUUACUCUUAUCCUAGUUUGACACUUUUUCAAACAAUGUACAGCGGUCGUUCGUUUAUAUCCGUGCUGGAGAUAAAGCGUGGACUCUUUUGGUCUGGCAUGUUAAGAAAAUGUUUUAUGAUGGGAAAAGAAAACAACAUUGCAAAUUCCAGAUUGUGAGAUUUCCUUCCUUCUAUAGUAGCUAUAAAAAGUUUGCAUGGCUUUAUUGAAGCUAUUCAAAGCUCUACUCCGUAAGCUUCUGCAGUUGACUUUGACCCUGAGUGUUUGCAGUUGCUUUCGGAUCGAGAUAAAGUUGUUUAGUCUUCCAGGCGUUCGUUUUCAGGGUUUAUAAUUAAGGAAGAUGGUGUGUGUGUGUGUGUGUGUGUGUGUGUGUGUGUGUGUGUGUGUGUGUGGAGGGGGGGUUAAAGAGUGUUGAGGCUUUAAGGUUGCACAUUACUACUGAUUGAAGUGUGAUACUGUGCUGAUUUGCGGGAUGGACGGGGUAUUGAUGGAAGCUUUUUGGUUUUUAUCUUUUCUUUUUUUUUUUUGCGAGUUUGUGGAGUUCUGCAUUAUAUGAGCUAGAUGAUUUAUUCUCAGAGCUAACAAAUGUAAUAAUUUGAGCUGGCUAAACUGGUAGCUAAUGCAAUGUAGUAGUGUUUGGAGUGCUAGUUAACUGGUUAAGUGCAUUAAUACAGACAUUAAUACAGCGUGUGAUCAUUUUACAAUUACAUUUUUGCUCAAUCGGCUGACGCUCUUAUUUACGAUAGUGGCAGCACAAGAGUUAAGGGUCGUGCUCAAGGACCCAUCCAAGGCUGCUGAGAUUGAAACUCUUCUGAUCAAUAGCCCAAAGCUUUAAUUGCUGAGCCGUCCUGUAGCACACCAUGUUUAAGAUAAUAAUAAGAAUAAUAAUAAUCAUCAUGAUCAUUUUCAGCAAGUCACGGGCCAACAUUUUAUGACAUUAACUCCUCGCAUUACACACAAAAGACAAUGACACUGACUCGAUUUCUUUUCAGCACUAAGUGGCUGUGUAUAGUUAUUGUUUAUAAGUGGCUGGGUAUAGUUACAGGCUUGGUUUUGAUCAUCGGAGCACGCUAAUUAUUUCGGUAUAUUUAAACUAAUUAGCGAUGGGAAUUCAAGAAAAAUGUGUUUUUUGUUUUUUUUUAAAAAUUUAAUUACAAGAGUAACAGGUUUACCUACAUCUACAAAAAUAAAACCUGUCAAAACCCAUGCUCAGCUCACUAAUUCACUGUUGCACACCACUACUGCGCUACAGUGAAGUGCAGGUUUAGACAAGUUUAGUGCGAAAGUUUUUCAGGUUGCUUUCCAGUAAGAAGUUAUAAAUAAUAAUAGUAAUAAAAAAAAAACCCGUUUGUCCACCCUUUUCCUAUGACUAGUCCGUACAGGAUUUCGCUGAGGUUUUACAUUUUUUUUUUGUGAUUGUUGCGGCUA